GCACAGAGCGGCGCCCGAACACUGCCUUUCUCCUUUUUUACACCAGCCAUCCUUUCACUAGCCACAAGCUAGUGAGAGCGCAAAGAAACCCUCGAACCCGUAUCUCUUGCGGUGAGGACCAAAUGCACAUCUUCAUAUCAGCAUCCGUUCCACAGUUGCCUACCUACCGCCUGCGCAGCAGAGAGACUGGCGAUUCCUUUACUAUGUCAAGGUGUGCGGAUAUUCUGGCUUGAUUAACGCCUUUUCUUUUCUUGGAUUGUACGGUGUUAUGUUUUUCAACCGCAUUUUCCAAGAUGGUUAAUAAGGUUUCACCUUGAUGUGCACCAUAUCAAAGGAAUUAGCUGUUACUGUUAAAGAAGCCAUCACUGCAGUGCUAUAAUUUUUUUAAUUGACUGGAGGAAAAAUCUCAAGCACUAUUGACCCAGCUGAGAAGAAGAGCUAAGUGCCCAGAGAGAAUCUGCUCAGAUCAACUCCUAAUCCAUCCAGCACGUACCUUCCUAUCAGGACCUACCGUGGCAUUAGAUGCCUGAGAGGAACCCACGCUUGUAGCCAGGGUCUCCCAGCUCAGAAGCAUUGAGGCCCUCAGGAUCUCCCCUGCCAUUCUCUCUGGUCUGUCAUCCACUAACAAAAUUGCUACUCGGUCACCAUGGGAACCGUUCUGUCUCUCUCUCCCAGCUACAGGAAGGCGUCCCUCUUCGAAGAUGGGCCAGCCACGGUGGGCCACUACACAGCUGUUCAGAAUAGCAAGAAUGCCAAAGACAAGAACCUGAAGCGUCACUCGCUCAUCAACGUUCUGCCAUGGAAGCGCAUCGUAGCAGUGUCAGCCAAGAAAAAGGGCUCAAAGAAGGUGCAGCCCAACACCACCUAUCAGAAUAAUGUGACCCAUCUCAACAAUGAGAACCUGAAGAAGUCUCAGUCCUGCGCCAACCUGUCCACUUUCACCCAGGACCAGAGCACCCCAGCCCUCGUCAAGAGCUCCAACAACGCUGUCUCGUCGGUCAAGAAGGCCCCCCUGACCAACUCCAAUGCGGCCCCCGGCACGCCCAAGAGGGUGAUCGUCCAGGCCUCCACRAGCGAGCUSCUGCGCUGCCUGGGUGAGUUCCUGUGCCGGCGCUGCUACKGACUYAAYCACKUGRSRCCCACRGACCCGGUSCUGUGGCUGCGGAGCGUGGACCGCUCGCUGCUUCUUCAGGGUUGGCAAGAUCAGGGGUUCAUCACCCCGGCCAACGUGGUGUUUGUCUACAUGCUGUGCCGCGAUGUGGUCUCCUCUGAGGUGGCAAACGAACAUGAGCUGCAGGCCGUGCUGCUCACCUGCCUCUACCUGUCCUACUCCUACAUGGGCAACGAGAUCUCCUACCCACUGAAACCCUUCCUGGUGGAGAGCUCCAGGGACAUCUUCUGGGACCGCUGCCUGUCCAUCAUCAACCUGAUGAGCGCUAAGAUGCUUCAGAUCAACUCGGACCCGCACUACUUCACCCAGGUGUUUGCCGACCUGAAGAARGAAAGCCAGAAGGAGGAGGAGAGGAGCCGCUUGCUCAUUGGUCUGGACCGGUGAGGGUCCUGGGGAGACGGGCCGGGGAGGGGGCAGGGGCCUACUCCAGUCUGGCAUUUCAACAUGGGGGAGGGGGAUUGAUUGAGGGAGUAGGAAGAGGGGAAGUUUUGAUGGGAAGAGAUUCAUUUUUCGGGUUGAUAUAAGGGUUAAUUUGGCAUAGAUAUACCCAAAAAGUUUUUGAUUAUAAGCAUGUUUAACAGCUAACAUUUCAACAGUUCACUGGAAGAGAGACAUGAGAACACAGUUUGAUUAAAAACAAAUGACAUUUUAUGGUAAAAAUAUUAUUUAUCUCAAUUUUUCUUAAAACCAACUAAUGUUUUUCAAAAGGAAAGAGGAUUGUAUUUUCACUGCACCUAAGAAUGAAAGCUUUUGACACCUAAAAAAAAUGCCAGACUUGGGUACAUCCUCUGUUUACGUACAUGUAUAUAAAAACAUUGAAAAAUACAAAACCAACAAUAAUACACAUUAAAAAAAAACUAUAGAAAAGGAACACAAAUCUGCAGCUAUGAAUGUGUAGAGGACUGAGGCCAGCCACCUGCUGACUGUCUGAGAUGCACUGCCUAUUGUGUGACUGGGCUACUACUCACAUCAUGGAUGAACAGACAAGCUGCAACCCUGGUUCUUUAGACUCUGAAGUGAACACCCAGUUCUGCUGCAGUGUAAACAUUAUUUGACCUGAAAGGAAAAGUGGGGCCACCGAUGCAGAUUCAUGUUGUUGUGCGUUUAUUGUUUGUGACUUGGCGAGAGGGGUUUGGUGGAGAAAGAUUGGUUCAGAAGGACUUGAAAAAAAGCCUGCAUUGCAUUGUGGGAUUAUUUUGACCACAACACAACAGGACAUGAGGAAUUACAGUACAACCUAAAGACACAACACUUGAUGGUCACACUACGUGUUAAGAAAGACCUACUUUAUUUUCAUCUCAGAAAAAAUGUAUGGAUGUUCAAAAGCUCAAGCCCAGGGAGGCUUAUUUAUUGCGCUUUUUCUUUUUUUUWAACUUAGAAACAAAGCCUAAUGCACGUGUGCCAUGCAAUUUUGGAGGGCAGGAAUGACUUAACUGCAUCUGCAUUAGAGAAUGCUGUGAACAAAGUGAUAACUAGUUUAUUUAGCUAUGCUUGCUUAAAUAGGCUAUUUGUUUACCAAGGAAUUCUUUUGUACUUUUGUCUGAAGGUUGUGUCUAAAAACACCUUGGAAUGAAGGUCCAUAUUGUGCUAUGAGAAAUUCAGCAUUAACAAAUGUUUAACUAGUGCCAUAUCUUUGAUGAAAAUCCUGUAGGUCUGAAAACACAGCGAAAGAUGUCCAAAUGUUGAGUGAACUUAUUUUAUUGUAAUUUGAUGUUCUCUUGGCACAUCCCUUGUAAUCAAAGGAUCAUGAAUGAAUGAUCAAUUGGUCUAUUUCAAAUAACAGGAUAUGGUGGGAAUGAAGAUUGAUGGUUGUUGUAAAUGAAUGUUCCAUGGAAUAAGCUAUAGAUUAGCCCUAGAUUAACAACCAAUAAAAAUCUGACCAUCGACAAAGUAACCAACACAUCAGAGAGACCUUGAGUAAAGACAAAACCCCUUAGAACCUUUAGCACCCCUAGAACCCUUAGAACCCUAGGCACAGAGCAAUCCUAAACCCAACACACCACCCAGCUCCACAUAUCAACAAGACAACAUAACCAUCAGCCAAUGGCAGGGCAUUUCACUCAAAACCACUCAAGAGGCACAGCAGAGAAAUCUACAGGCAGCCUCCCCUGGAGUAAUCUCUCCAUGCCAAUAUUAAUCAAAUCUAAGACAACAAUGUAUUCAGCUGGGGAGGACAUGAGGCCAUGGUCAGGUUAGAUUCUAGUUGACCUCCAUGGAGAUAAUCGGGUUUUCAAAUCAGCUGAAGCCACUAGGAUAAAUGGAAGAGCAUAGAGGGAAAUAGGAACACCAUGGCAACCUGGACUACAUCUACAUGAGAGCUUACGGAGCAGUCAAGAUACAUGGCUAUCAUUUGCAUUGAAGAAUUGUAGAGGCUAGAAAAGAUUCUAGAACUGAUAGCACCUUCAUCUCCAAUAACUAAGAUAAAGGGAMGUGGUAGGUUUUUCUGUCAACCGCUGAUAUAUGUUGCAAGAGAUACGUCGAAUUGAAUCCACAGAUUAACAGGAAUACGUUUUCUAUAGUAUAUAGUACAGAGACUUAACUGGACCUUGGGGGAAAAAAACCAAACAAAUGAAAAUAAUGCACA